ACUUUUCAACUUAUUUAUAAAUUUUUUAUCCCAAUACGAAAAAAAAAAAGAAACAACAUACCCUAUUUAAGAUUGGAAUAUAUAUAUGCAUAAAUAUCAUAAUUAUGUACAUAAUUAUAUCUUGCACCUCUUGAAAAAAAAAUAAGAUUUAUGAGAAUACUUAUUCAAUCUAUUGUUGAUACAAUAGAUCGAUUGAAUUGAAUGAUUUUAUACAAGAAAAUCAUUCCUUAUAUAGGAUAUUUGAAGAACAUGAACUAUCACUCAUUGAUAAUGAUUAAUAGAUAAUCAUCGACGAUCAAUUUAUCGUCAGUCGACGAUGAAUAUGUAUUUAUUCUAUUUACAUUACAUUCACAGCCGUAACUCAGUGACUAAAAAAAAAACAAAAAAAAACAAAAACAAUUCAUUUCAAUGGUUAUUGUUUGAAUUUCCAUGUAGGAAAUUUCAUUCUUUUCUUUGACAUCAUUUUCAUUGAAUAAUGAUGAUUAUUUUCGAAAACUAAGAUUUUUUCAUUACUUUCAUUAUACAAACGAUCAAAUAAUUUAUGUAAAUUUUUUUAGAGAAAAAUCGUUUUAAUCGAUGUCUGUUAUGCGAAAUUUAUCGUGUGUCAUAAUUUAAAAUGAAUGAAUAUAUGGUUGAGUUUUUGAUGAAGUUCUAGAUCAAUUAAUUACUAAACAAAGAUUUAUUGUAAAAUAUUUUCGUACAUAUAUUUGUUUUGAUGUAUCAAUUCUUUUCUAAUUCAUUUCAUGAGUAUUGUUCGGAAUCUCAUAUUUCAAAUCCAUAAACAAUUAUAACAUCAGCCUUCACUUGUUAUGAUACUGUAGUUAGUCAGUGGUCUUUUGACUUUCCUGUUUUCAGCAUCAUAGAUUUUUCUUAAUCAAACUAAAUGUAAUGAUUUAUCAGGUAUAGAUGGUAGUUCCAAAGAAAUAAAGAUUACUGUUAUUGCUGGUAAAAUUCGUCGUUGUAUAUAUAUUCAUUAUUUUACUUUUUUCUUUCAUCAGAUAUUUCUAAGAAAUAUUCUAUUUAUGGAGUAUCACCAUAGUUGUUUCGCCAUUUUCUAUUCUAACGUUCUUAACUGGUUAUUCUAAUUUUAACGACUGAUAUAGAGAGUUUUUAGAACAUAUUUCUUUUAAAUAAGAAUCUUCAACUCAUAUUAAUAAAUUGUUUUGGUGUCUGACAAAGAUGUUAUAGUUGCUGUUGUCAUUGAUCUUUGUAUUUGUCUUUCUUGUUAUCAUCCGUAUUUCUAGAUAUGCCACGCAUUAGACCAUUAUUUUGCGAUUACGAUUUCUUAAAUUAUUUUUUCGUUGCAUAAAGGACAAGCCAGAAAUCUUGAUACGAUUUGAAUAUUAAAAUUUUCUUCGUGAAAUAAAUAUUUGUAAAAUUUGUCUUUAUGAUGAAAAGAUACAGUAAAACACACACACUACAAUAUAAUUUUUUAUUCACUUCACUAUUUCAUGUAGUGAGAAUUGAAAUAAGAAUGUAACGUAACUCGUUCGUAAAGUCUCAGAGAACAAAUUCUAUGUGUAAAAUUGAAAAUAUAUCAUGUUAAGAUUCUUUUUCUAAAUCAUAAAUAAAUAAGUCAUCUGAUAGGAUCAUCAAGCAAGAUCGAACUUAGUUAUGGUAACUUCUUCACUACCAUUAAAAAGUCAUAUUUUUACUUAGAUUUAAACAAUAAUUUCUUUGCUCAUAUCCCAUUCAAAAACCAAUUUUUUGUUUAUUUUUAUAAAAGUUUUAUCUCAUCUGAUCAACUGAUAAAUAAAUAUAUUGAAAUCAGAUUAUGUUAAGUUAAUAAAGAAGCACAGUUAUUCAAGUCGAAUUACCAAAUCAGUUUUACAUCCUUGUUAUGACUUCAUAUAUCUUAUUUUUCGCGUAAUUAUUUAUGAAUGAUAUCAAUUUAUUAUUUAAACUUUAAAUUGAAAAAAAAUAGAACAUGAUUUUAUUUUAUUAUUAUUGUCUAUGAGCACAAGCCAGAAAAUUUGUUUGAUUAUAAUAAAAGUCGAUUGUUUUAUCAGCACAUGCUCCUCCUCCAGUUGAACCAACAUGUGGACAAUGUAUAGAUGGUAAUAAAGGUACAAAAUAUGUAUGA